CUUCAGUCCAGCCAUUACACCGCUACUUCCUACGGAAAAGAAGAGUAUUUUUUCCUGGACUGGAUCUGGAACUAAGAGUCCUUUCGGAGCUCCGAAUAUCUGCAAUACGGAGAUCAUUCGUACUCCAGAGUCUCCUGACUGGUGAGCAAGCAGAGGGGAGCAAGAGGGAUGGGGAGCGGCGCUGCGGAGAGGGGCCAGACUCACAGGCUGCCAGUGCUCCUUCCCUUCCUACUGUCUUUGUUCUGCCGGGCGCUCUCUGAGCAGAUCCGCUACAGGAUUCCCGAGGAAAUGCCCUUGGGCUCGGUAGUGGGGAACCUCGCCAAGGACCUAGGGUUCCGUGUCCUGGAGUUACCGACUCGAAAACUGCGUAUCAGUUCGGAGAAGUCUUACUUCACUGUGAGCUCAGAGACAGGGGAACUGCUUGUGAGCGGCAGGCUAGACAGGGAGCAGAUAUGCGGGAGGCAGCCAAUUUGUGCUCUGGAAUUUGAGGCUGUUGCUGAAAAUCCACUGAACUUUUACCACGUGAGCGUGGAGAUUGAGGACAUUAAUGAUCACGCGCCAAAAUUUGCGCACGUUUUCUUUGAUCUGCAAAUAAGUGAGUCUGYUCAGCCAGGCACACGAUUURUAUUAGGRUCUGCCCAYGAUGCAGACAUAGGUACCAAUGCACUACAGAAUUACCAACUUAGUCCCAAUGAWUAUUUCUCACUCGUGAGUAAAGAGAAAUCAGAUGGCAGUAAAUAYCCGGAGAUGGUAUUGAAGACACCUUUAGACCGGGAAAAGCAGAAAUCCUACCACUUGACAUUGACUGCUUUGGACUUCGGGGAGCCACCUCUCAGCAGCACUGCACAGAUACAAGUCCUAGUGACUGAUGCCAAUGAUAACCCUCCAGUGUUCAGCCAAGAGAUAUAUAGGGUGAGCCUCCCAGAAAACGUACGCCCAGGAACCACUGUGCUUCAGGUGACUGCUACCGACCAGGAUGAAGGUGUCAAUGCCGAAAUCACUUUCUCUUUCAGCGAAGCUGGCCUGAGACCUGAGUUUGACCUGAAUUCUAAUACUGGGGARAUUAUUAUUCUAAAUACAUUAGAUUUUGAAGAGAUCAAAGAAUAUUCUUUUGUUUUGGAAGCRAAGGAUGGUGGAGGAAUGAUUGCACAAUGUACAGUGGAGAUAGAAGUCCUAGAUGAAAAUGACAAUGUCCCAGAAGUGAUAUUCCAAUCUCUACCCAACCUAAUUAUGGAGGACUCUGAGCUAGGUACACUAGUUGCUUUGCUUAAAAUCCGUGACAAGGAUUCUGGUCACAAUGGAGAAGUUAUUUGUAAAUUAGAAGGKGAUACUCCAUUUAAAAUACUAACUUCUUCAAGAAAUACAUAUAAGUUAGUGACGGAAAGGGUUCUAGACCGCGAGAAGAACCCAGAGUACAACAUAACCAUCACAGCCACUGACCGGGGUAAGCCGCCUCUCUCUUCCAGCUCUAGUGUCACCCUACACAUUGGUGAUGUAAACGACAACGCUCCAGUUUUCCAACAGGCCUCUUAUGUAGUGUAUGUAGCAGAAAACAAUCCUCCUGGAGCCUCCAUCGCUCAAGUUAGCGCCUCCGACCCAGACCUGGGGCCCAACGGCCAAGUCUCCUACUCCAUCGCGGCCAGCGACUUGGAGCCUCGGGCAUUGUUAUCCUACGUGUCUGUGAGCGAACAGAGCGGCRUGGUGUUCGCGCAGCGAGCCUUCGACCACGAGCAGCUGCGUUCCUUUGAGCUGAUUCUGCAGGCUAGUGACCAUGGUUCGCCCGCGCUCAGCGCCAACGUGAGCCUGCGCGUGUUGGUAGGCGACCGCAACGACAACGCGCCGCGGGURAACAAGACACACAUGCCYCGGGAAUAUUCUGAAAGGAUCCUGUAG